GACCGCGGACUUGGCUCCUCAGUCCACUGGCCGGUACCGCACGAGGCACCACAGCUCAGCCCAGCUCUCCACCUCUCACCGUCCACAGCCCAGCAGACCAGCCAUGAGGGCCGUAACGCAGUUGCUGACCGCCGCGAUGCUGGUGGCGACGUGCCGCGCCGGCUACCUGGGAGGCUACGGCGGCUACGCCGCCGCCCCCGCCGCCUACGCCGCCGCUCCCGCCGCCUACGCCGCCCCCGCCUACGCCGCCGCUCCCGCCAUCGUCAAGACCGCCUAUGCCGCCCCCGCCAUCGUCAAGGCCGCCGCCCCAGCCGUCGACUACUACUCGUACCCCAAGUACGCUUACGAGUACGGCGUUAACGACCCGCACACCGGCGACGUGAAGCGGCAGUGGGAGGAGCGGGACGGCGACGUGGUGCGCGGCGAGUACUCGCUGCUCGAGCCGGACGGCACCACCCGCACCGUCACCUACACGGCCGACGCGCACAACGGCUUCAACGCCGUGGUGCACCGCUCCGGGCCCAGCACGCACCCCGCCACCGCCGUGGCCGUGCCCGCCGUCGCCAAGUACGUGGCCGCGGCGCCCGCCAUCGUCAAGUCCGUCGGCUACGGCGGCUACGGCUACCACUGACGAUGACGAACCACCCUCCGCCGCGCGCCGAGGCCGGGCGUCGGGCUGACCGGGCCCUCCCCUCCCCACCAACUCCCCUCCCCAUUCCUACCGCCCCUCCUCCGCAUCGCUGCUGGCCGCCGUUCACAACCCCCCAGUCGGUGGACGGCUGCUGCGGUACCGUCGCCAUCGGGACAUCGCCACACGUAAAACUGCUACAUCCUAGUCGACACACACUUCUGCAGCAGUGCAUCACCAACACCACCCGCACUAACCACUCUUCGCAGAACAGUGCUGAACGCGUCCAUUUCCACCCGUCGCUGCCACUAUUUCUUCAAUCGCCGUAUCUGUACCAGUUUACAUCGACACAUCUACCAUUCCUCAGCCUUCGAACAUCGCGAGUCGCUAGCCUCUGAAGUCAAAAUCGUCUGGGUUGCUAGGCUGCAUCAUAUUUCUUCAAACAAUAUACGUUUCGACCCCUCUGCUGGCACUGUCUUCCGGAUCCUGUGGUGCCCAUC